AGCCACUACUAGAAAUUAAGGUUGUGUUUUAUCUCUGUCCGACGAGCGCGUACGGGUCGAGCGCGAAUGGGACGCCUUCUGCACUUUCGGCCAUCAAUUCAUAACCAUCUUUCUUUCUUGUGCAACUGUUUCUUGUCGGUCGUGUUCUGUGAUCUAGUGUUAAUGCAGGAUGGACGCCAUUCGCGCGAGAUAAUUCCCAGUCCUGCCGUGUAGAUAGUGUUGCGCGUGGAGUGCCGGGAGUAUGCUAUAGUGUCUGGUGCGUCAGGGUGGUCUCAGUGCGGCGAGGAGGUUGGGAGGUCGGGAGCUAGGGAGGUCGGCGAAGGCGCUCGGCGAUCGGCUGGGCAUGGCGGGCGCAAGUUAGCGGGCGGGAGCGGCGUCCGCUCGCGCUCCGCCGCCGGCCCGAUGAGCGGGGCAUGCUCGGCGCGGCGGAGGUUUUAUGGGUAUUUGUGUGAGCUGCCGGCGCCGCGAACGGAAGGCACCCGAAAAGGGUUGGGUGCCGCGAGGACCCGCGAAGGGCGCGGCGGCGGCCGAACUGCUGCCACGGCGCGCCGACCUGCCAGCCAUGGCAAACUCCAUCUCAAGCAUCAAGAUGAAUAACCCCUUCAAGGUCAUCGUCAGCAAACAGCGGAAACGCUACACAAAGAACGGCUUCAAUUUGGACUUAGCAUAUAUAACAGACCGUCUGAUAGCGAUGGGCUUCCCGGCGGAGAAGCUGGAGGGCGUGUACAGGAACCACAUCGAUGAGGUGUACCGCUUCCUGGAGCAGAUGCACAAGGGCCACUACAAAAUAUACAACCUAUGCUCUGAGAGGUCCUACGAUAAGAGCAAGUUUCACGAUAGGGUGGUGAGGUACGCGUUUGAGGACCACGCGCCGCCGAAGAUCGCGCUCAUCCAACCUUUCUGCGAGGACGUGCACAAGUGGCUCAGCCAGGACCCCAGAAAUGUAGCCGUCGUGCACUGCAAAGCGGGCAAAGGACGAACAGGUACAAUGGUGUGCUGCUAUCUGCUGUAUAGCGGACAGAAGGCCACUGCUGAUGAAGCGCUCAAGUUCUACGGCACAGAGCGGACGUACGACGAAAAGGGUGUGACGAUACCGUCGCAGCGGCGCUACGUGGAGUACUACGCGGCGUUGGUGCGCUCCGGGCUGCAGUACUCCGCCACCAAGCUGCAUGUGCGCGAGCUGCUGCUCAGUCCUCCGCCCGCGCUCAAUGGUGCGCAGUGCACGCUAGAGCUCAGCGCCACUCAGCUCGACCCACCCUUCAAGACGUCUCUGGGCAGUCAGGAGGUGCGCAAGGCGGCGUCCUGUGUGCGUGUGCCAGUCGCUCACUGCACUCCGCUGCGAGGUGACGUCCGCCUCGAGCUCCACUGGAAGCCCAAGAUGAUGCGUCGCGACAAGCUCUUCCACUUCUGGAUCAACACCUUCUUCGUGGCCGCAGCCGUCGGCGCAGUGCGUGUGCCUCCACCCGACGACAGUCCGAACUUGGAGACGUUCAAGCUGACGCUGAACAAGUGGCAGCUGGACGACGCGCACAAGGACAAGCAACACAAACUAUAUAGCUCCGAUUUUAAGGUGGAACUGAUAGUUCAGAAGCAGCCGUCGUCGUCGACGUUCAGCGGACACUGCGGGCGCGCGCCCUCGCCGCAGUACUCCUCCUCCUCCUCCGGCUCCGAGCCCGACACCGAGACCGACGGACACUGGGACUCCGGGCCGGGCUGCGAGCGCGUCGGCCGCUACCGCCAGCUGUCGCCCGACGACGCGCCGCACACGUGAAUCCACGUACUUGUGAGUGUGUCACGUGGGGCACGUGGGGCACGUGGGGUACGUGGGGCACGUGGGACACGUGGGGCUCACCACUUCUAUAAAACUGCUUUACUCUCCCCUCCACUAUAUGGCAAAGGCUUGAACUUUAAUUCGGUGCCGUAAAGACUAUUUUCCCUUGAAGCCUUUAACCUAGUGACUUUACAAACUAGUAGUGUUCUAUGUGUGUCUAAAAUGUGUAGAUAUAUGAAUAUAAUAAUAACGCGGGUUGUGCCAUUGCCCAGGCGGAUGUUGGACGUCGAAGAUCUUUUUUUUUAUCUGGAAAAAAAAAGAAAUGUGAUAAUAUGGAGUGUUGUAUGGAAGAAAUUAGUUUUGUUGAGGUCUUUAUGGUGUUCACUUUCAAUACACUUGAACUGUUCAGUGUUUGUUAAUUUUAAAAGGUGUUGAAAAAGUUGAUAAUCACAUUUGGUCCUCCGAGUCGGAUAAAGAAAGGUAAUUUUUUUUAAUUUACAUCACAUUAA